AUGUUGAACGAUGCAUCUACCGAGAUCGCGGCGCCCCUGUACCAUCCCUCGGAGUGGGAGAGAACAACGGGGUCUCUCCAAACCCUCCCGAGCUCCUCUACAGGUCCCAACUACCUUACCUGCCGGUUUCGUCGUCCCGAAGGCCGAAUCCAAACCAUGCCUACAAGGACGGCACACGGUGUCUUUAAUACACCGCUUAAUCCCGUAUGGCAUAGUGUGGCGCCAAAGAUCAGCACCAUCUUGAAGGACACAAAGAUACGCUAUGCUGCCAUCCAUGCAGCUUGCUUUAUGACCCACGGUGAGGAUCACCAGGGCUUGCACCGCGCUGUCGUAGAGUGGUUUGAGGGAGUCUCAGAGACCCUGGCUGGUUGUGCUCUUUUGUGCGCCACCGACGACAUGAAGCCUAUCUACCAUGUCCGGAGUGUCGCCUUUGUUUUCCAUGAGAACAAGACUAGAUCUGGCGAGCCCAGUUCGAGCGUCCUUAGUGUCAGUAAUUGUCACCGUGUGCGACUUGCCAGCGCCCGACGCUUCCGCAGUGGCCUAAAAGAGAUUGAGAAAGCCGUUGCCGACCUUGGCGGCGGAGUCGACGACCUUGCAGAUGAUAUUGCGGUGUUGCAGGCAAAGCUGGGGCGUGAUCUUGAGCAUCGAAACAUUGGCCAUGUUGAUUGGGCCCCCGCGAUCUCUGUUGUCGGGUAUCGCUACACCAGGGACAUCGGCACAUUCGUAGUUGAUGCGGAGCGCUUCAGGGGCCACUUUAAGGGUAAUGUUGUCGACCUAGUCAUGGAAGUCAGAAACAGCACUGACCUUACCGUGGGACGCUUCUCAGGCCUAGAGGCCUACACUUCCAGCGCGCUUGGCGUCGAGUCUUGGGAGAUCGCUCAACUCAAGAUUCAGUAUCCGUAUGCCGACUUCAACCGUGAUCACUUCUGA